UCCCCCACCGCCGCAUUUUUUCCUCGGCAAAAUCCCCUCCCAAAACCCCCGCGAUGCCUCUGCUGCCGGCGCGGGCGCGGCGGGCGCCGGCGGCGCUGCUCGUGCCGGUGCGAGGGCUCCUGGAGGCGCGCGUGCCGUGGGCGCGGGACCGGGCCCUCGACCACGCCGUGGAGCGGGAGCGCCACCUGGUGCCGUUCCUGCUCGCCAAGGACGCGCUCCUCGCCGCCACGCCGCCGCCGCACGCCGUGCCGCUGCACUCGCUGCCCUCCACCAUCCCGUUCCCAUUCCGCCCGCUCCGCUUCCUGCGGCUCUACCCGUCGGCGUUCGCGCUCUCGCCGCACCCCAUCGAGGUGUCCCCGACGCCCAGGCUCUCCGCGCUGCACGCCGCCGAGGCACAGGUCGUCGACGCCACGCGCCCCGACGCCGCCGACCGCCUGCUGCGGCUGCUCAUGCUGGCCCCUUCACGCGCGCUGCCGCUCCGCCUCGUCGCGCGGCUCCGGCUCGACCUCGGCCUCGCGCCAGACUUCCAGCGGUCGCUGCUGCCCAACUACCCGGACUACUUCGCGCUCUCCCCCGACGGCACACUCCUCGAACUCGUCUGCUACAGGAAGGACCUCGCCGUGUCGGCGAUGCAGUCCUACGCGCAGCGCACCGGCGGGUACAAGGUAGGCGACGCGGUCGCCUUCCCGCUUUCCUUCCCCCGGGGGUUCGAGCUCGACAAGAAGGUGCGCAAGUGGUUGGACGAGUGGCAGAGGCUGCCGUACAUCUCGCCCUACGAGGAUGGGUCGCAUCUAGCGCCAAGGAGUGACAUCACGGAGAAGAGGACCGUGGCGGUUCUGCACGAGGUGCUCAGCCUCACGGUGGGGAAGAAGAUGGAGAAGGAGGUGCUGGUCAAGCUUGGGGAGGCGCUGCGGCUGCCGCCGGGGUUCAGGAAGGUGGUGGCUAGGCACCCUGGGAUUUUCUACAUGUCACACAAGCUGAGGAUGCAGACGGUGGUGCUUAGGGAGUCAUACCGGAGGCAUAUGCUGGUGGACAAGCACCCAAUGAUGGGGAUAAGGUAUCAGUACCUCCAUUUGAUGCAUAUGGGGAAGGAGGAGGUUGGAAAGGGCAAGGGCAAGGAUCGUAAGAGUAGUCGUGGCGAGCAAAUGAUUGGGGAGGAAUUUGGUGCAGAAGGGGAGGAUGGUGAUAAUGAGGAGGACUAUGAUGAUGAAGUUGAUGGAGAUGAAUUGGACGAGGAGGACAUGGAAGCAGGUGUUGCUUCCGAGGAUGAGGAGAGUGACGACGACAUCGAUGAGGAUACAGGGAAACAAAUUGCUCAUUGAUGCUGGAGCUGGCAGCUGCUCUUCAAGAUGAUGUUAGUGCUCGUAAAUCUCUGUCUUGGACAGCAUGAAUACGCACGCAGGGAACACAGAAAACAGAUGUACAAUCAACUUUGGUGUCAGGUAGAAAACCUAAUAGAAGAUGGAACAUGUCUUUCUUAACUCAAUUUUGAAGUCGUUACUGAUGUUAAGUGCAACUAUUCUUGUUGUAUAAUUAUGGCUUCACCUGAGUUAUUCAAAUUCUGUUCUAGAAUCUGAGCAUAUCUACAUUAGUCGUAUAUAAUAUGCUUAUAUCUUAAAUUCCCUACACUAAUAUGCUGAUCUCUUGUUCAAUCAAGAGGAUGUUUGGCACAGAUAUUUUCGAGGCAUAUAUUCAGUUAUUCACAUA